AGCAAGUGUAUAAACACUGUGGCACCACGAAAUGGUGGAAAUAGGAAGCAAGCGAGAAAUCUAAAAGAAAGAAAAAAGAUAAAUAGUGACGGUUUUCUACAGAUUGAAUGCCACUGUAAAUCAUAGCACUAAGAGAGAGAGAGAGAGAGAGUAGUCUUCUCACUUCUCUUGGAGACCGACACGAAGCACCUCAUCGAAGUCCCUAUUUUUGGAGCCUCUCACCUCCCUGCUUCGAUCCAAGCGAGCAGCGAUAUCUGUCCACGAACCGCGAUAAUCCUCUGCGUGAUUCCAAUCUCCGUCCCGUAAUGCUUCGCGGUCGAGAUCUCCGGUGCAUGGUGUUCCAGGUGGAACCCUCGCGGCUGAGGAGCACGGGCUAGGGUUUCCGAACCCCUUUGUUCGAGUUCUUGGAGACCGAGCUGCGUCUCGUUGUCUGAGGCCGAGAUAAGGGUUUGGGGUCGAGGGUGUUUGCGGAAAGGCGGCUCCUUUUGGUGCUUGGUUCUUACGGGCCGCGAAGGGGAAGCUCUGAGGGGAGAUCCGCAGGGUUUUCCGGUUGCCGUCGGGGUUUUCUUCUCCAAUGCGUGGGUUAUAGUGAUUUCGGUUGUUCUUUUAGGAAUUUUUUUUUUUCUUCAAGUUUGUUCCUCGUCGAAGCUUGGGAUUGAGCGAGGCUUUUGGGGUUUUGCAGAAAGAUUUCAUCUUUUUAUGGGGUUUCAGCUCGGUGGGUUUGGUUGAGAUAGCUGGUUUACAUUUUUUUUUUCUUUCCCUCCCUUUUCAAGUCUGUCGGCCUUUGGACUUUUAGUUUGAGCAUCAGGGGAAGGAGCUAUGUAGUGGUUGAGGUGAAGGUUGGAGUAGAUGUUUUCGUUACGAGUUGAACAAGCUUGAGGCACCGCGGAACUUCCGGAAUCUGUGAUUUUGGCUCUACUUUCAGAAACGAUUUCUUGGUGUUCAAGUCCAAAAAUCAUCUUUUGAUGUCAAAGAUUGCGACCUCUAACCCUGGCGCCUGCAAAUCGAGGCAUCACGACCGAUUAAACUGGGAGUGGCUCUUCCUUGCAAAGGAAUCGGCUUAGAUUGCAGAGAAAAAUAGCGAGGCAUGAGUUCUAGUGGAAACAGGCGAGGCACAACCAACUCUGUGGGGAAAAAAUAAAAAGGAUUUGAGUUUUGCUGUUUAAAGUGCCCGUGCUUAAAGAUUUCAGUUGUUUGCUAACGGAAAGGAGCAACUGUGAUAGUAAGCUUCUGCUUCCUACUGCAAUAAUCUUCUUCUCAACUGCCAAACAAUGAGGCUAACAUCUCCAACUCUCACCACUCAGCCGCAAGAAGAGGAACCACGGUGUCUUAACUCAGAGUUAUGGCAUGCAUGUGCUGGACCUCUGGUGUCAUUACCUGCUGUUGGAAGUCGGGUAGUAUAUUUUCCGCAGGGUCAUAGUGAACAGGUGGCUGCAUCAACCAACAAGGAAGUUGAUUCUCAAAUACCAAACUACCCAAGCUUGCCUCCUCAGCUGAUCUGUCAGCUGCAUAAUGUUACUAUGCAUGCUGAUGUGGAGACCGACGAAGUUUAUGCUCAGAUGACCUUGCAACCAUUGAGUGCUCAAGAGCAAAAAGAUCCCUAUCUCCCUGCUGAUUUGGGUACCCCCAGCAAACAACCAACGAAUUACUUCUGUAAGACAUUGACCGCAAGUGACACCAGUACACACGGUGGAUUUUCAGUUCCCCGUCGAGCAGCAGAAAAAGUUUUCCCUCCAUUGGAUUUUUCACAGCAGCCUCCUGCACAGGAGUUGGUUGCAAGAGACCUUCAUGGCAAUGAGUGGAAGUUCCGCCACAUUUUUCGUGGUCAGCCAAAGAGGCAUCUGCUUACUACAGGAUGGAGUGUUUUUGUGAGUGCAAAGAGACUCGUUGCAGGGGAUUCUGUUCUUUUUAUCUGGAAUGAGAACAAUCAGUUGCUAUUGGGUAUUCGGCGUGCCAAUCGACCUCAAACAGUUAUGCCUUCUUCUGUAUUGUCUAGUGAUAGCAUGCACAUAGGCCUUCUUGCUGCAGCUGCUCAUGCUGCUGCUACAAACAGCCGAUUCACCAUAUUCUAUAACCCAAGGGCAAGCCCUUCUGAAUUUGUAAUCCCACUAACGAAGUAUGUUAAAGCAGUCUAUCACACCCGUGUUUCUGUGGGUAUGCGUUUCCGGAUGCUGUUUGAAACCGAAGAAUCAAGCGUUAGACGAUACAUGGGUACGAUUACUGGGAUCAGUGAUCUUGACCCUGUCCGAUGGCCAAAUUCACAUUGGCGUUCUGUAAAGGUUGGCUGGGAUGAGUCAACGGCAGGAGAGAAGCAGCCUAGGGUAUCACUUUGGGAAAUUGAACCUCUAACGACUUUUCCCAUGUAUCCGUCUUCCUUUCCUCUCCGGUUUAAGCGCCCAUGGCCCACCGGAUUGCCCUUCUUCCAUGGUGGAAGAGAUGAUGAGUUCAGUCUAAAUUCACCACUGAUGUGGCUUAGAGAUGGUGGAAAUCCAGCACUUCAGUCAUUGAAUUUCCAGGGUGUUGGUGUGACACCUUGGAUGCAGCCAAGACUUGGUACUUCUAUGCUUGCUCUACAACCUGACAUGCAUCAGACAGUGGCUGCAGUAGCCCUUCAGGAAAUGCAGACCAUGGAUCUUACUAAACAGGUAACCCCUGCAAUGCUUCAAUUUCAGCAACCUCAGAACACAACCAGCAGAUCCGCACCCAUACUGCAGAGUCAGAUCUUACAGCAUGCACAGCCUCAAUCUCACCAGCCCCUCCUUCACACUAUUCAAGGAAAUCAGAUGCAAAGCCAGGCUCAGUCUCAGUUUCUUCAGCAUCAUUUGCAACAGGGGCAUUCGUUUGCUGAACAACAACAGCAGCAGCAGCAUAAUCUGCAGCUACAGAUACCAGAGCAUCAACAAUUUCAGCAGCAAAGAGUUUUGCCUGCUUAUCAGCAAGUUCCUUAUGGUGCAGCCAAUCUGUCUCAGCUUAGCUCUAGUUCUCAAUCCCAAUCAACCACUUUGAACAUGAUAUCUCCAUCCUCACAGUUGAAGGACUUUCCAGAUUCUAAUGGUAACUCUGUUUCGGCAUCUAGUGUCUCCCCCCUUGAUAACAUUUUACAUCAAAUUUCUCCAGAAGAAACAUCACAACUUCUUAGUUUGCCAAGAUAUGCCCAACCAGUUACUUCGAAUCCCUGGUCGUCGAAGCGAAUUGCAGUUGAAUCAAUGCUUCCUUCGGGAGCUCAAAGUGUACUCUCACAGGUGGAACAAAUAGGUUCUGGACAGCCUAAUAUCCCCUUACAAUCUGUAGUGCUACCACCAUUUCCGGGAAGAGAGUGCUCAGUGAAUCAAGAUGGCAAUAUGGAUAUCCAAAACCAGCACAUGUUUGGUGUCAAUAUUGACUCAUCGAUUUCAGUACAGAAUGGCAUCCGAAGUCUUGGUACUGGUGUCAAUGGAACUAAUUCAACAAACAUAGCGUAUGCUGCAUGCAAUUUAUUGAGGUCUGCUGGAAAUGAUUUUCCUAUCAAUCAAGCAGUAAAUAGGUCGAAUGGUCUGGAUGAAUCAGGACUUUUGCAGUCUACUGAGAAUGUUGAUCAAGUGAACUCACAGAGUGGAACAUUUGUUAAGGUUUAUAAAUCAGGUUCAUUUGGGAGGUCACUGGACAUCACGAGGUUUAGCAGCUACCACGAGUUGCGAAGUGAGCUUGGGCACCUGUUUGGCCUGGAAGGCCAAUUGGAGGACCCUUUGAGAUCAGGCUGGCAGCUUGUAUUCGUCGACCGGGAGGAUGAUGUUCUUCUUGUUGGCGAUGAUCCAUGGCAGGAGUUUGUCAACAGUGUAUCGUGCAUAAAGAUACUUUCGCCCGAAGAAGUGCAACAGAUGGGCAAACAAGGUGUAGAUUUUGUGAAUUCAGCCCCCAUCAAAAGGCUUCAAAGUAAUGGGUGUGAUGACUAUGUAAGUCAGCAGCAUUCAAGAAAUCUCAGCGCCAGGAUCACAUCGGUUGGGUCGUUCAAAUACUGAAGUGGCAACCUUUCUCUUUUUCCCUGCUCUAUGUUUUGCUGCACUUAAAGUAUGACUACUUGAGCCGUGUUAUGUCUAAUAACUGUACCAUAUUGUAUGUGCUUGUAACCUGGAUACACAUCCAAUGCUUAAUUUGUGAAGACUGGUUAUGUUAAUGUAGGCUGUUUUAUUGUUCUA